AUGUCGGUUACACUUCCUGUUAGAUAUUCUUUCGUGGAGAGCAUAGACAUUGUAUUCGAUAAUCCGAAAUAUUACAAGCCGGGGGAUCAAGUCACUGGUAAUGUAAACCUGAUAACAAGAACAGAUAUAAAAGCUCAUCAUCUGAAUAUCCUUAUUCAUGGAGCUGCUAAGACAAAUUGGACGAAAUGCAGAAAAGAUGACCAUGUGACCUACGGAGCAGUUGUGCAUUUUAUUAGAAAGGACACGAUUGUGUGGAGUGGUGAUAGUCAGAAUAAUAAGUUUCCAGCCGGUUCCCACGUGUUUCCAUUUUCGUUCCAAAUUCCAGCUAAUGCUCUGCCUAAUUAUAAUGGUUGGCACGGCCAUGUUCGGUACAAAAUCAGUGUUGAACUGGCUAGACCAUUGAAGUUUAGCAUAAAGAAAACAGUGUAUUUCGGAGUUGUUCCCGAUGUUGAUAUCCGUUGUUUCUCACUCUCCAGCACAAAAGUCUCAACAAAAGACGUUAAAGAUAUUGGAGCUUUCUUCAAAAAUGGACUAGUGACAUUGACGGUCACGAUUCCAUACAAACCAUGUAUUGUUGGCGAGAAUUUACCAAUUACUGUCAAUAUCGACAAUGGCUCAACAAAAUCUGCUAAUUGUGUGCGUAUAGAGCUUCAACAACAUUCUCAUUUUACUGGAAACAGAUCUUCCCUCUCUGGGGACUAUGAGACAUGCCAAAAGAAUGUAAUGAAUAAGGUUCUAGAAAAGAAGAAAAGGAUCAAAGUCCUUCCGAAAUCUCAACGAUCCGAAGAGCUGACAAUCGAAAUUCCAAGAGUUACACAGACGUUUCAGAGCCACAUCAUAACAGUUCAUUACGUCCUUUCCGUAAAGUUAGACACCGAUACAUUGCUGAAUAACACAUUGCAUUGUGAAUUCCCAAUCAUCAUUAGUACCGUCCCAAUUACCACCAGACCUGUGACUCCUUCACGAUCUGCUAGCCAGCCACCACCAUAUUCAGUUCUUCCACCAAUUCUUUCUAAUGUAGAAAGUUAUUACCAUCCUCCAACUUAUAAGGAAUCCUUAGUCGCUUAA